AUGUCUGAACAGCAUCAAUCCGGCGAUGAAUUAGACGACUACAAGGAGCAGGAUCGUUUCUUGCCCAUUGCAAAUGUCGCCAGAAUUAUGAAGAAGGCGCUUCCCGACAACGCAAAGAUUGCAAAGGAAGCCAAGGAGACUGUGCAAGAAUGUGUAUCCGAGUUCAUCUCCUUCAUCACCAGUGAAGCAAGCGAUAGAUGUCAGCUCGAGAAGCGUAAAACGAUCAAUGGCGAGGAUAUUCUUUGGGCAAUGCAAUCUCUUGGUUUUGAGAACUAUGCCGAGGCUCUGAAGAUUUACUUGGCAAAGUACAGAGAAGUAUGUGUGUGCAUGGACCACAAUGGCCUUCCUUCUUUGAACAAGUGGAUAUUCAAGAAGCCACGUUACAGUUUCCACUUUGGGCACAAUUGCUGACAUGUUCUUAUUCUCGUUAUUAACAGACGACAAAGAUCGAACGACAGGCUGCAACGCUAAAAGACAAGGAUGGCGAGGAGGAUGUCAAGAAUAUUGAUGACGCUGCUCUGUACCAUCAGCAGGACGUCAAUACAGGAUACUACCAACAGCAGAACGGCGACUACUCCAACCUCCACCAGUAAAGAGCAGCUGAAUUGGGCUCAGCACCAUAUCAUGACCGAGUCUUCAAGCUAGACGGCA